AUUCAGUUGCCGUCUUUCGCAGGGGUAGAUUUAUCCACGGGAUAGCUGAGUGAGUUUUGAGAUACUGCACUACAGAAUUUAUGCCAAAUUGGCAAGUGCCGCUGCACGAAGUUGAACGUCAUUAUCAUUGAUUCCUAUGAUUAUGGAAUCCACCGCGAAGACGUCUUUCUCCUUCGCGAGGAAAAUCGAAAAAAGAGAUCUCAGCGAAACGGGUCAUGAGAGGUUCGACAAGAACGAUGAAAAACAUGAAGAUGAAGCAGGAGAAGUUGAAGCUCCGCCUGUCAAAAAGCUGGUGAUUCCUGUGCCCGAAGAUGGGAACUGGGGUAGGAUGAUCAAAAAGAUGGAAGCUGAACAUGCUACUGUCGUCGUUCCUGAGGGUCUCAGCAAAGAUGACGAACUCGCCAUGAAAGAAUUAAUAGCUGAGUCUCGUGAAGAACUGGAACUUAUGGAAAAUCAACCAAAGACUUUAACCGGUGCUAUUCCGCUGAAUCUCAAAGAAGUUAGUGACCUGGGUGUUGAGCCUUCGAUGGAUGAUUAUGACAGCGUGCCUAUAGAGGAAUUUGGCGUGGCGAUGUUACGAGGGAUGGGAAUGUCAGAACAGGAAUACGAGGAGAUCAGGAACAAGGUACCGUCUGAAGUUCGACCUUGGCCAGUUGGGGUCGGUUUGGGCGCAUCUAGCAAAUUUUCGCGCAAAAAUCGUCUCGCUUUCGAAGAAGGUCUCAUUUUGAAACCCGGGAAAUUCGUAGUCAUCGAUUCUGGAUCACGGAAGGGCCGAUAUGGAAAGAUUGAGGGAUUGGAUGCAGAUGGGGGAAAAGUGAUAAUCAAACUUGCCAUUGAUGGAGAAAUCAUCACCAAAUCCGAAGGUUGUGUUUCCGUCGUCAGUGAAGAUGUGUACAACAAAGAUUCAAGAGUUAUAAACAAGGAAACCUAUUCAAAGUACAAGGAAGAAGAGCAUUCGAAAAUCUCAUUGAAGAUAAAAGAAGAAAAACGGAAUGGGAGUAGCGAAAAUUUCAAGCAAAGGGAUAAACGAGAGCUGGCGAAAGACACACGUGAUCCGAGUCGAGAGGCGAGGCACAGAAGCUCUAAAGAUGACGACACUAUUCUUUCAUCUUCACGAAGAGCAGAACAAAGUGAACCACGACGGGAUGAUAAAGUUAGGACGUGGGUUCAUCCGCAACUUCGUGUUCGCAUGAUCAGCCGAUCCUACAGAGAUGGCAAAUACUAUAAAGAGAAACUACUGAUUGAGGACGUACCCAGUCCGGAUUACUGCGUAUGUCGGACCGAAGACCGAAAAAUUUUAGACGAUGUGAAGCCGAAGUAUUUGGAGACCGUCGUUCCACGACAUAGUGGAGAUCGCGUGAUGGUGGUGACCGGAAAACAUCGGGGUCGUCUUGGUAGCAUAGUUGAGCUCGAUCGUGAGAGUUUGAUAGCUUUUGUUCAAAUUGAGCAUGGUUCAAUAGCGAAGCUUUCGUACGAUGAAAUUUGUCAGUAUGUUACUUGACGAAAAUUUUCUAACGCUCUUUUGUUGACGCAUGAUACUGUUCCGAGUUUAAUUUCCAUGACUGAGUGAAUGGAAAGAUAUCGGCUCAUUAAAAGGUUUUUUUAAUGAAAAUUCCCUUCGUUCAUUUUGGAAAGAAAAUUUUCUACGUUUCGUAUGGGACUGGAAUAAAAAAUUUUGUUGAUUCUUGUUUGAGAGCUAAA